UGUAACAGUGCAAUACGUCCAUGCUGUGCAUACGUUUUGUUUUCAGAGACAUGCGCCCUUGAAUAUCCGUCAAUACUGCUUUGGUGACGAAUAUCAUUAUUGUAUUUAGCCUAACGUUACCGUCUUCAAAGUAUACGUUACUGGGUAUGUAAUGUUAACGUUAAAGCUUUCAUUUUUAGUUAACCAAGCUAACGUACCACGCAAGGUUAGGUAGCUUAUCGGGUGAAGUAUGGAAGCUAUUGCAUGUAACGUUAUAUUAGCGAAUGUCCUUAACCAGAAAUAACAGGUCAACAGUGAGCGCCACCAUGGGGUUUCUACUGUCUAAACCCAUGGAUGCAAACUUUAAAAAGCAGCAAGAAUUAAUGCUCCACAAUUCACGGCUGCAGAUGGAGCGUCAGAUCCUGAUGCAGAACCAGAUGAGAGAGAGACAGAUGGCUAUGCAGGUGGCCUGGUCCAGAGAGAUUCUCAAAUACUUUGGGGCUUUCUUUACAGUGGUAACAGUUGGACUCACUGUUGGUGCCAUUAAAAGAAAGAAACCAUUCCUAUUGGCUCCCAUCGUCCCUCUCGGCUGCAUAUUUGCCUACCAGAUGGACAGCGCCUACGGCACGCUUAUUUAUCGCAUUAGAGGGGAGGCUGAGAGUAUCAUGACAUCUGAACAUGACCGUCUGGACUUGCCUCACGGGACUCCAACUUUUGAUAGCAUAGAGAAAGCCCGCCGCGCUAGAAGCAGCCUUGCCUCCUUCUUGGAGAAAUGAUGUGUUGGUUAUUUGAGACAAAAUCAUAACCGUCCAGUCGAUGCAUUCACCCAUUUUGCUUUUGCUUAAAAAACUGUCAAAAACCUUCUUUUUGACAUUAUUGAGUCUAUGGUUUGCACUAAUUCUAUAUCAUGGACCUUGAGUGAAAUUAGUUUCAAUAAUAUUAAUAAAUAUAAAAUAAUGAUGAAUGAAUGAAUGUAUUUUCUGGUGUUGUUAUUAGAGGUGCAUCAGUAGCCAAACAUGUAUACUUAGCCAAACUAAAUACUCAAAUAGGUAAGUAAUACACUGUCAGUACUGUAGUAUAUCAUGGAUUAAAUCUGUAAAACGAAUAUUUGCAUCAAUUACAUUCAACCAUUGUAACGCAAUUCACUCAGAUUAUUGUAUACUGAGACUACAGCUGUGUCCUAAAUCCAGACUUCAUACUAAUUCUAUAUGUAUGUAAGUAUGUAGUACAUACUAAUCUGUAACUAUUUUUACCAGUUAGUAUAUAAAAAAAUAUCAACAUACUUUACCAUAUAUGAUACAAUAUGCAUGAUGUCAAUCAAACUGCAACUUUGGAAGGUUACUGUCAGUUAAGAGACAUCCAAAUGUUUAGUAUUAAAAUCUUAGAUUUUUUUAGAUUUGAGCUGUUUCACCACCUCCCACAAUUUAUUUUAACUAGCUGGCGCAGCUCAAUUUACUUAGCGCAUUGCAUUGUGGGAGAAUAUUGUGAAUCAAUAGCACACUCAAUAAUCAACCAUCUUUAGUAUGCAUGCUGUCUGGUUUGACUUUCUUUUGUCACUUUUCAAGUCUGAACACAACACAUACUAAAAAGCAGCUUAGCCUCAGUAUGUAAAAUGGAAUUUUGCCACAGCGUAUGUCUCAACAGGUUGUGUUUAUGCAUGUUAAUCAUGUUCUUAGUUAAAGCUAACCACUAGCUUUAUUGUUUGAACACUAGAGGACAGAAUGACUUUCAAACACACCCACAGUGACAUAACCCAUACAAAGUCUAAGGUUAUCAAGGCCGUAUGGCUGAUGUUUUAGCUAACAGAUGCAUACUAGCACAUUAGGCAGACACAAAACAACAUGAAAAUAUCUCUUUCUUACCACCUGACAUGGAGAAAUGCAAUAUUCACAUUUUUUUUUAGGCCUAGUUUGGCUCACAAUCUCGUUUGGUUUUGACGUGUCAGAUGCCUAACUUUUUUUUCUUCUUUUUACAUUAGAUGUAGCUGUACUAACUAGUACACUAAUCUAAGCAGCUACAGACUGAUCCAAAUGUUAAUAUAAUCAACACUGCAGACGUUUGUCCUGACAGCAGGCUGAAAGAGUUCAUUUGCCAAAGUCAAAUUUGAGUGCUAUGCCUUAUACCAAAGCUAUAGUUAGCAGUGGUGCGCCUGUAACUUUUAUUUUUAUUAUCACAUUUGUAUUCAGUGGAUGUAAAAUAUUACAGGGUGCUGAUAUUUUUGCAUUGUGUAUUUACCAUAAUUUUAACUCAUGUUUGACAUCAUGGAAACUGUAUUUGAAAAUCCAAUAAAAAGAAAUAUUGCCAAGAC